CGUUCUCGGUUUUGUAUCCUCUGGCACUGCAGGGGGACUCACCAAGCAAAGCUGAAAAAAGCCAGCGCAGAAACAGAGAGAGGGGAAAGAGACUUCCAGAAAUAGCAUCAGCCACGUACGACAGGACCGAGCAUGGAGAACCUGAGACCUGGACGCAAGAUGUCUUUCCUUUCCAACUUGACAGCCGUUGUCCUGUUGCUGGUCGUCCACUGUGGAUCCUGGUGUCUGGCGGGUCGCUUGGGCCCCCACAAAAACUGCCCGACAUGCAAAGAUGGGCACUUUUCGGGUGCAGGUCGGGCCUCCAGGGACCCGGCCGGGGCGGCCAGCACCACCGUGCUGGCGUUGGGGGAGCCCUGCGGGGUGUACACCCUAAGCUGCGCCAGGGGGCUCCGCUGCAUACCCCCUCCGCGGGAACACAGCCCCCUUCAGGCUCUGCUGCAGGGCAGAGGCUUCUGCGCCAAACACAGCAGAACGAGUCCCACCGAGAGGCCCCGCCCCACAGGGCCACAUCCUUCACACAGUGGUGAAAUGGAAAAGGCUCCAUGUCGUAAGCUGCUCAACAGUGUCUUGCGGGGUCUCGAACUCACCAUUUUCCAGUCUGAUCGUGACAUCUACAUCCCAAACUGUGACACUCGUGGCUUCUACAGGAAAAAGCAGUGUCGGUCCUCAAAGGGCAUGCAGCGCGGCCACUGCUGGUGCGUGGAUGAACUGGGCAACACCGUGCCAUCACGUGCUGGGGAGGAUGGCAUUUUACCAUGUGACGGAGAGUGAGGGGAGCGAGGGUCCCGCAGCUCUGAGCCUGGAGGAAGAGGAAGAGGAGGGGUAGACGGGGAGAGGGGAUGAUUUCAGCUUGGUGCAAGACACUGCCUGACCAGGACACACCAGGGAUAAACCACUUCAACAUGGAAACGGGCCCUCACUCCGAACGUCCAGAACACGUUCACUGCCAUAAACUCGAACAUUAUGAAUAAGACAGCGUCAGAAUACAGAAAUAAUGACCACUACACCACAUGAGCUUAAGUCAGUUGUUACAGAGAUAUUUCAUUUCUGGUCCUACAGUGCAAGUACUGGUUUUGGUGGUUAAUUGGGACACAGAUUUGUAUGGGUAUGACCCAGGUAUUACAAUGUUGAGGUGGUUUAUGAGGACAUGCCUUGUGUCCUCGUAGUUCAAUAAUGGUAAAAAUCAUACUUAAUUUACAGUGAGGAUUGGGUUUAGGGGUAGUGGGUAGGGUAAGUAAAAAAUCAAGUACAUCCAGGUAGUUUUUAAUAGCAGAAUAAAUCUAGACAAACUAAAAACAACCAACUGGAUGUAUUUUAUGCCGCUUAUUACAUGGCUGCGUGCCACAAAA